AUGCAGUCGAUUAUUACCUUUGCGGGCUUGGCCUUUGCCAACCUUGCCGUCGCUGGACCUUGCAAGCCUCUUCCCCAGACCACUGUCUCAUCUGUAGACAUCGUUCCCACCACGACGGCUGAGCCGACUGUUGUUACCGCUACCGUCGUCCCUGUCCCUGGUGUCUCUACAAGCGCGGAGUUUUCUGCUGUCAUCUCUGAGAGCGAGACUGGAUAUGAGUCCAGCACGUUUGUUGAGAGCUCUACUCUCGCUACUGUUGUAAUCCAAGAGACCAGCACUGCCGAGACCGGUGCCGCCGAGACCAGCGCUGAGACCACUGCUGAGGCUGGUACUACUUCCGUCGAGGUUGAGACAUCUGCCACCCAGACCACCACCGAGACCGCUGCUCCUACUGCCGACCAGUCUUGCGACAACGGUGGUUUGGACUAUGCUAUCUACAACCACGAGUUCUACAACUCUGAUGCUCCUCACUUCUCCUCCUUCGACGCCACAUACUUCCACGAUGCCACCCCCACCUAUCAAGGCAUCACCGAGCGUAUCGGCAUCCAGCCCGACACUGACUGGACCAAGCCCUUCACCAUCUACGAGGGCAGCCCCAACCAGAUGUACCAGUACAAGGCCGUCAACCACCGCGGUUUCCUCUAUGCUCCCGAGUCUGGUAUCUACGAGGUCACUGUCCCCAUCUCUGACGAGAUCACACUUGUUUGGUUCGGUGAUAAGGCUGUAAACACAUGGACACGUGACAACGCCGAUCUGGAGCAGGAUUACCCCGGUGGCACUUCCAGGUCCUUCAGCCUCGAACUCCAGGCUGGCACUUAUACUCCUUUCCGUCUUCUGUGGGCUAACGCCCAGGGCGAGCUGAGCUUUAUCGCUGAAAUCAAGGCUCCUAGCGGCAACGUUAUCGUUAACGGUGACGGUGCUGAUAACAAGUACCUCGUCCGUUACUCUUGUGACGGAAACACCCCAACUUUCCCUAACUUUUAA